AGGGGUUCUAAAAGUGUCGCAGUGUCUAAUAAUAGAGCCCUGACUGAGCCGUCGUCGUCACCCAAUGCAUGUGUCUAUCGUGCCUGCCUUUUUAUUUUAUCCGUAUGCGUGCUAUUUGUUAAAAGAAUAAGUGGUAUAGUAGUGGCUGGUGGCCAGUAAGUAACGUGCAAUUUCGACAAACUGGAGAAUAUGUGAAGCCGGUUUCAAUGGUGUUAUAUUACGAGCACAAUAUGUGCGCCAAAUAUACACUCUCCGUGACAGUAGAUCGCCAGCCAUCAAUGACUAUGGCCAUUGGUUCCUAUUGGCGCUUCUGCUCUAUUUCUGUCGAUGCUGUGAGGGGCAGAAGCCAGCAAGUCUAUCGACCCAAACAUUGUCCACGUAGGUCAUAUUUCGAACGUCGGUGAUAAACAAGUAAAAGUAUAAAGAUUAUAAUAUCAAAGGUCUGGAUGACUGGCCAGCUUCGAUCGAAAAGUUGAUCGAUCGGAGCUGGCGACCCGUGAACGACUCAAUGAUGAUGUCGCAGCAUCGACCGCCGCGGGCGCCGCCUAAGCCUCUCGGCGGAUCUCCGGGACCUCCGUUAGGAAACAGAAACUCCUCACAGCCAUUGGAGACAGCAGCAGCGGCCGUACAACAACAAGCAUCCUCGCUACUCACAGGUGGCGGGUCUGUGUCAUCAUCAUCGCUUCGGUGCCCUCCGGGCUGGACCCGAUUUGUGAAUCAUCAAGGUCACGUUGUUUACCGAACAGCUCUUGGGCACGAGAUUCAUAACGCAAAGCAGCUCAGAGACUUUCUUCUUUCGGACGUGACAUGCAAAUGUGGAUUACCUUGCCCGCUGAUUAUAGAUAAAUGGUUUGACUUUAGUUCACCUAACUCCAAUGGGGUGACGAGUUCAAGUGUGCUGGUGGCGGCCGCUGCUUCUGCCGCUGCUAUGCCCUCCAUGGACACCUCUUCAAGUGUCGCCGAUACGGUGACGUCUUCUAACCUACAAAGCCCGCAGCUUGUACCCCCUCAUGUACCACUGCCACGAGAAUUAACUUUAGACGAUGGUCGUCGCCAGCUCGACCGGCGAAAGGCACUGCCUAGCAUAACAAGCACAGCUGCACACGGCAUUCCGUCAAUCGGAAUGACUAGUGGAACCACUCGCAAGAAGGCUUCGGUACGGAGAGGGCCCUACGAGGGUCUACUUGUAUCUCAACUGCUUGCUAAACAGAAAAGCAGUGUUAACGCCGUCUGUGCCAGUAGCUUAGAAUGCUUUGGCCAAGCAGAAAUGCACGCGCAACAGACAGCACGUAAGAACGCACACUCUAGCGCUGAUGGUUUUGUUAAACAGAAUUCCGUGUCUACUAGCUGCACUGGACUGGUACUUCAUGAGCAGAACUUUCUGACUACUCCUGUUAUGCCGAGGAACCCGGAUAUGCAGACGUCACAAUCAACCAUUACACCGGUGGUGACUGAAGCAAAUGUUGAGUGUUUUUCGAGGUGUUUAACGGCAACAAUGGCAUAUAACGAAAGCCAUACUGCGACAUCUACAGGUUUAAUAACUGAAAAAUUGGAUCAUGUAUCCUCUCCUCCUUCCCAACACCGUCAACAGCAUCCACAUCUAAUACAAACAGACGGAGCUGAUAAAAAGGCUAUGAUCUUACCAAGCAACCUGGAGCUGCAAACGGGAAGAGAUCAACAACAACCUCUGCUGGCACAACGACAGCAGCAGCAGCAACCAUUGCUUGUAGCAACUGUUGACGCUUCUCAAAUCUACCAGCAACCUCUCCAGGUGUAUUGUUCGCCGACUACUGGUCCAACUGCGCAUGCCGGCACUGGCAUCUUGCUUAGUCCUCAGCAAAGUGCUGAACUUGUAUUGCAAAAUAAUAUUAAUAGCAUUGGUAAUAUGAACAAUCUAGCAGCUGCAGCUGCGAAUAUCAGCAGUCUGAAUGGCCAAGCAGCAAUGAAUGGAAUCGUCAACAGUAUGAUGCAGCACCAUAAUAAUCACACGGUGAACGCCGUUAACCACUUGAACAAUCUUAACGCCUCUGUGAGCAGUAUCAGCAGUGCCCAGGUGCUACUAUCAGCAAGCGCACCCCAGUUGCUGACGUACUCAUCUGUCUUAAAUCCCCUUCCUGUACCUAAUUGCCCAACUGGAGUAUCGCCCAUUACAGUUUUGGGCGUAUCCUCAUCUAUACCUCCAAUAAGUAUUGUCGGGGUUGGACCACCUCAACAGCUUCCUUUAUCGCAAAUGCCGCAACAAAUGCACACCACUUUACAGUUACAAAACCAUCCGCAACUGCUCAGUCCACCACAGACCACUGGCCCUCGACCAAAUCAGACACAGGUGACAACGGGAGGGACCAUUGUAAUGACAGCAGGGCCGUAUUGUGGGCCACCUGUGGGAUCCACAACGGUUAAUACAGUAACCUUAGAUGGAACGGCCACAGCGUCCGUAAACGUGAAUGAUUUUGGUCCGGGAGUAAGAAGAGUGCAGCACGCGCAGUGUUCACAGUAUACACCACCGAUGCCAGCAGGCACAACUCCAAUAGUCCGCCAACAGCAGACACAACUAAAUGGCGGCGCUCUCUGUUCAGUGUCUCUUCCUCUCGCAGGUGAUACAAGUCAGUCGGUGUCUACAGGUAGUAGUGAUAGUGCAGAAAACUGCCCCCCAUGUCCACCCACGUGUGCCACGGUCCAAUUGUACAACGUUACUGCUCUCACUGGCGACGGAAGCGGCGGUAUGGGAACGGUGUUACUACAAACGACUCCACAAGCGUCGGCUCCUGUCCCUGCAACAUACGGUUCGGCACCGGUUCCAUCAACAUGCAGCGCCGUCGAAUAGGCAGACAAGCAGUCAUCACAAUGAACAAGCCAGCAAACGGUAGAAGAUGUCUGUUUAAAUAUUAUGGAUUAUUUUAAAAAACUUUUUCUCUAAUCCCUUCCCUAAAAAAACUACAAAAUACAGUUGUGUGCAUAGGAAAAUAGCAUGUAAAUUAGCAAAAGAUAACAGACAGGUAGAAAAACUCGAGUCCCAUAGAUUCGCAAAAGUCGCGACUCACAAAGUGUGAUUAUACAUGUUUAAUCCGCUUUAUACAGUUAUUUAAUAUUUGGCAUCAGUUACUCGGUUGUUUCCAUAUGCAUAUUCAUCACUUGCGCUAAUCGCGGUUAGUUAUUUACAAGCUAUACUACCUCCAUGGCAUAUCUAAAACUAUACAAAAACGACAUGUUAUAGCUAGCGGCCGCGGCGAGUACACAUUAUACGAACACAUUCAUUACUGUCCAUCCUAGCUGAAUAUAUUUUGCUUAGGCUAUCUAGGAAACCAUCAAGUAGCCAGUGUACAUUUUUCAGUCAUAUUACAUUAAUAAUUUACUUAGUCUAUCCACAUCGUUGGUUUGUCAUGCCGUCGUAUGAGUUUAUAGGUAACCGAAAGUUAACGAGCAUUUUAAGCGAUGUUAUUAACUUGGAAGCGAGUGCUCACGCAUUGGCUUUCCCGUACAGUGCAAUGAAUUAAGUGUGAAAAAUGGACACCUAGCCAUUGAUUGCGAACUACUUGAACGCAACAGUACAUGAAGUUGCGUAGUUUUAGUCGCACUCAUCGUUGUUUCCACAUGUAAAUCAACGCUCUUUUAUAGUACAUACGUUCACAAUAUACAUUGAUAGUCGAUGCGAUGUUACAGUAACAUAGAUGUUUUAUUGUCAGCUGAUAGUCUUAAAUGUAUCAAGUGAACGCAUAAAUUAAGACUAACAAAAUAAUAUCAAAAGGUAGCAGUUAUAAGAGCAAUACGAAAGCAAGCAGACAAGUACACGACCAGGUUGUUAAGAUAUUUUGUAAUGAUAAUGGUGACAAACGACCGAUCGAUUAGUUAAGAAAUCGAUGAUGACGAAUAAGGUGGUGCAUUUGGAAUGAACCGUGUUAUUUAUGAAAUAAUGUAUGACUGACAUCAAAUGACGGGUCAGCAGAAACGGUCAAUGAGAUCUUUUGGUUCUUCGCAAAUACACACCAGAUCACCGCAUAAUCGUCUUGACGCCGUACAGCAUUCUAGAAUUUUUUACUUCAGUUCCAUUAACUGUUUGGCCAAUGUUUUUGCAGCGUUUCGACGAGAAUCUAUUUCUUCAGCAACAACGAUUUCCCUCACUUUUCUGUCUCUAAACAUACACGUCUAUGUUAAUUCCACGUUUGAAUUAAGGUCGAUGUUAAUUCAUAAGCAAAAAAGUUCGGUUCUCUGGUGUGCGGCGUACUAAAGAGUGAGGAUUCGAAUGCACUGAAUCUUAAUACCAUUGUUAAACGAUGUCUGGACAUAACGUUAAAGCCAGUUUAUUUGGCAUUCCAAAGAGGCGCAAGGUUUGGCUAUCUCCUGGCGCGGUGACGCGGUAACACUAAACAUUCUGCAUUUGCGAGCGGUUUUGAUACAAUAUUGAGCAGAGUAAAUAGCCCAGUACUUGACUAAAGCCUUGAAAGAUUUUACUAGCACACCUAAAGCUAAAAUCAUCGUGAUAAUUUUUUAGCAAAGGGUCGGCUAGGCAUAACUAAGAAAAAGCUAGAUUUUGAAGCUUUCAUUCAGCGAAUCUUAAAACUAGCCUACUAUUUUAGGAAAGCUACUAUUUCUGAAAGCGCAAUCCUACUAUAGCAUUUGAACGAAACUCUUGGGUAGAACAGUGCUGCAAUCAACACUGGCAGACCCAUAUAAGGGAGAUAGCGAAAAGUCAGCGUUAUGGCUACGUCACCAAAAUAAAGGCACAUCCUGACAACUAGAUAAUUCAAAUGUGAAUGUUCGGCUUGCAAGUUCAUGCGUUGUUAAAGAGAAGAGUCCGCAGAUUUAGUAGCCGCAAUUGGAACCUGAAAAUACACUGCAGUGUGCGUUCUCGGCAUUGCAGGUACCACUUGUUUCAGUAUAUAUAGACUAUUAAAAUAAUAGUAAUACGUGUAAGCUUCGAAUAUUUGUCUCGUCGCAUGAUGUAUGAUGUGCCGUGUAACUAUUUGAGUGUCACGCUUUUUUUGAAAACCACGUCGGAAGACCAUAACGUGUACAGGAUAGUUACGUAUUACAUUUAGACCGUCGAUUCAAGGUUGGGCGUUCAAGUUCAUUGAAUUCGAUAGCUCAAUAAUUACGUUUUAAUCAUUAUCGAUAAACUGAUUCUUAAAACGUAUACAAAGUGUAAUUUAACAAGUGAUGUGCGGUUGCGUGGUUGUCAUUUAUAAUAGUUAAGUUUGGGCUAGUUAGCGAAUGUACAAGCUUCAGGUGGCACGAUAAUAUCAUCAUCUAUCAUCUGACGCAAGCCGCUGUCAAGCCAGUGGAAGGAAUGAAGCUGGAACAGGGUCUUACCGUCAACAUAACUACUGUAAAGCCCACAUUCACUAAAAUUGAAAAAAACGCUUAUUUCUGUACACGGAAAAAACUCCCAACUAUCCUCAAUUAAGUUUAAAGGGUAGCAAGUGACUGGAUCUCGUUGAGCUGUAUUAUGGCAAGCUUAGGUGAGAAAUCGCGCAAAUCACUUUUCGAGCGGUUAGGUAUUAGGACAAAGAUAGAGUUCUUCAGUCAUAUAAGUGGACGUUAAAGUAUAUGAUGAUAUAGUUUCUGAGUACGCCUCGGUGUCGGGUGCAAUUUUUAUCGAGCUUUUGUUGCGACUUAAGAAAUAUAGAACGCUGAGCUAGAGGGGUUAACAGUUAUUUUUAGGCAUGUAUGUGGUAUAUGGUCACGAACAAUUCAUGAUUCUAUAAAAUUCUUGGCUUUAUACCGCUGAGUUGCAUCACAGAGUCGGCUUGUAACUAAAUAUAUUUGUAAUUGGUGUUAGAGAUGUUGUAGUCAAAACGUAAACCACCUUCUCGUCUUUUCGUAUUUUGUCGAAUCGUUGGGCACGUUGUAAAUCAUUCUAGGCGAUUCAUGCAAUGGCUAAAAACGCAGUAGUAGAUUUUUCAGAUAUAUCUCUUGCCUGUAAUAGACGUUAAAUGGGCAUCACAGUAUACACUGUAAAAUAGAUAUGUAUAAACUGUAUGUAUGUGUACAUGAAAUAUAUACAUAUGCAUAAUAUAUCUGUAAAUGAA